GUUGGCUUGGCAUUAGACGAGUGUCAGGUGACGCGUGCGCAGUAGAAACGUUCAGCGAGUAGUCGAGAGCAGCCAAACCAAGUGACAUCCACAGAACCAAAGGCGGCCACCACAUGAAGUGCUUUAUCGUAUUUGUUGCAGCUUUGCUGCUGGCAUCCGCUCAGGCGCAGAGCCAGUCGGCGCAGGCGCAGGCGCAGGAUCAGGAACAGGUGGCGGCAACGCCGACGGCGGAUCAGGUGAGCGCCGCCAGCAGCUAUGCGCCGCUGCAGGAGAAGAAGCAGGACAAGCGCUAUGUCGGUGGAUACGGUGGUUACGGUGGUUAUGGUAGUUAUGCUGGCUACGGCGGAUACGGCGGCUACGGCGCUAACGCUGGCUAUGGCAGCAGCGCCUACGGUGGCUACGGCAACGGCUAUGGCGCAUAUGGCUCCACGCUGGGUGCUGGCUACGGCUACGGCAGCGGCGUGGACAGCUAUUACAGUCCAUAUGGAACGCGCGGCUUGACUGGUUUAGAUGGCGCUGCUGGAUAUGGCUCUGCUCUGGGCGGCUAUGGCUCCACUCUGGGCGGAUAUGGCUCCGCCCUGGGCGGCUAUGGCUCCGCUCUGGGCGCCUAUGGAUCUACACUGAGCGGCUAUGGCUCUGGGCUGGGCGUCGGCGGUUACAAUUCGAAUCCCUAUGCGCUGUCCUACUACAAUUCACGGCUCGGCGCUGGCGUCAGCACUGGCUAUCCCUAUUACAACACACGCUUCGGCGCCGGCGGCUACCCGUCGAGCUACUACAGCAGCAACUACGGCAACAGCGUCGUGGGCGGCGGUCUGGGAGCGCUGGGCGGAGUGCCACCUAUUGGCGGCGCUGGCUACAACUAUGGUGCCGGCAUUUCGGGCACCGUUUACUAGGAUGUGAACGCCAACGAUUUCAGCUUUAGUGCAAUUCAUUUUUUUUUCUCCCUCAAACUAUAUAUAUAGAUAUAUAUA